AUGAGCUCGGCUGUUGGAGCAGCAGUCCCAUCUUCGAAUUUCCAGUUCCUCGCCAAUGGUCAGGAUUCCACUGGCGAAAAUGGCGUCUCUUGCCAAAUGCAAGGAUUUAAGCGAGAAAGGGGUCGAAGCUCGGCUAAAGGCCAAAAAGGCGGUGCUUUUACAAACAGUAUAGAUCAAUUGGGACGUGACAGAACGACACCAUUUUCAAAGACAUUUUCUGCUCCAAAUUCGCAGCGUUCAGCUACAUUCAAUGGGUAUAUGGAGUCGAGAGCGUCUGGCCCUCUUUUAUGUUCGUCACCAGAAGAGCUGGGAUUCAAGCGAGUCUUGCAUAAACCUAGGGGAACACCCAAAUACUUGAUAGAACAAAAACCUAGUUUGAAGCCCCGACCUUUUGUCCAAGAUAAAUGGGAUUACGAAAACCAGCAGAAAAUGCUUGCUAUUGAAAGCCAAAUAUCGGACUCCACUGAGCUUUGGGAAACGUUCAAAAAAAUGCGUGAAACGGAAAGACGUGUUAUGGAGGACAAAAAGCUCGUGGAUCGAGCCGACUCUGCAAAGGAUUUGAACGACGCUAUCAUUUUUCAGGGCACCUGUCAGGAUAUGUGUCCCAUCUUUGAACGUGCACGCAGAAGUGUGGAAAACAAUGUGGUCCGGUACGAAAGAGAAAAGGGAAAAACCAAAGCGAUUUCAAGGCAAAAAGCGCUAAAAGUCUUUGCAAGACCAGCCGCCGCAGCUGCCCCUCCAUUGCCAUCAGACGUGAGACCGCCCCAGGUUUUGGUCAAGACGUUGGACUAUAUUGUGAACAACAUCAUAUCCAAGUUGCCAGAUUGUGAAGGAUUUCUUUGGGACCGGAUGCGCUCCAUAAGGCAAGAUUUCACGUAUCAGAAUUACAGCGGUCCCGAAGCAGUAGACUGCAAUGAGAGAAUCGUUCGUGUACACCUGCUGAUAUUGCACGUCAUGGCUACGAGCGACGUUGAGUAUAGUCGCCAACAAGAACUCGAACAAUUGCACAAAGCCUUAAUCACACUCUCAGAAAUUUACGACGAGGUUCGCGCCAGUGGUGGCCAAUCCCCAAAUGAGGCCGAGUUUCGUGCAUACUCCUUGCUGAGUAGAGUUAGAGAUCCGGAGUACGACAGAAUGGCACAGUCUCUUCCACAGUCAAUUUUCGAUGACGAUAUGGUUCAAUUGGCGCUGUGCUUCCGGAGGAUACUUUCGAAUUCAACAUAUUCCGAGCGGGGUCACAUCAAAACUGAGAAUGGUGUCAAUCUUUACAAGAGGUUUUUCGAGCUGAUAAAGUUGGAUGUGGUUCCGUUCUUAAUGUCGUCCUUUUUAGAGGUUCAUCUCAAUGAAGUGCGUUUCUACGCAGUAAAAUCUUUGAGUCAUUCAAUUAACAAAAAACAUAAGCCCGUUCUUUUUGACUUCUUAAGAACUGAAUUGAUGUUCAAUAAUGACGACGAGCUGAUUAAAUUUUGCGAGUACUAUUCUAUUGAGCAAAAUCAAGAGGGUGUGAAGCUGACAUCGCUAUCUCAUCACUCUCAUACCAUCCCAGAGAAAAGUCCACUCAAGCAAAGCUAUUUGGAGGUCGUAAAUCAAAAGCUAUUCAAAUCAAGUCCCAAAGAACUGAUAGAUUGUGGAAAACCCAAUAUUGACACUAUUCCAUUUUCUAGCACAAAAAACGCAAAACAAUACCAUAGUGUAAAUGACAGUUCUUUAUACAAAACGCGUUCGAAUGAAAAUAGCCCUGCCACGACUCCAAGUUUCGACUGGAGUGCUCGUUCCGAGGGUCCCCAGUUCAGCUUGCAGAAUGCAACAAAAAGUCAGCAGUUCGGGACAUCCGUCAAGUUUGAAAACAAUGCGACUGACAAUCAAUUUCUAGCCCACAAUGUAGAGGCAUCAAAACAAAAAUCUAAAAACAUUAUCAAAGACGAGGAAUAUAAUGAGAAUGGGCUUGCCGCCAAGCUUCAAAAGAAAGACGUUGUCCAGAGGAAAAUCGAGGAGCAAAAGAGACUGAAGGAAACGAGGGAAGGAAAGUUAUUAGAGGAGCAACAACAGAAAGAAACACAACAACUGGAAGUAAAGAGACAGCAGGCGAGAGAAAGGGCUCAAUUGCAUUCUAAAGCAGCCAAUUUGGUAGCACAAAGCGUUCUUCAGGAUGUGGUACACAAGCAAAUUUCGGCAAUUGUCGAAAAGCAGUUGGUCUCGAGCACCAAAAAAGCGCGAACAGUACACAUCUUGGCGGAAGAGUUAUAUCAGGCUUUUUUACACGAAACGCUCUUUCUCUUGACGCUGGAAACAAAGGCGGAUCUUGUACAUAAAGCAAGCUGUCUGAAGCAAGCGAUGAGAUUCUGGAGAAGCAAGUAUUCCAAGAAAUGUGAACAAAGAGAACUCGACAAGAAAAGAAGUGAGGAGCUCGCUCAGGUCGGUAGAUACCUGGGCGUACCUCAGGUUAAACGGCAUAAAGUGGAAACAACGCCAGUUUUAAGCUUUUCGUUCACUUUGCCCUCGGUGCACCAAAACCAAGUGAUGCACACGCCAACCCCGAACGAAGUGAGCCAAUUCAAGACUCCAGUGCACGCAAACACCGCUAUAUGGAAUGCACUUGACCUUAAGUCGCUUUAUCUCAGCGCUAUAGAGAGGAACGCAAGUCGAUUAUGCUCAGAGAAGCAUGUGAGCCUGGUAAAGCCAAUACAGAUCGAGAUAUCGGUCUAUUCAAGAAACUGGAACAGCAUAUCAGCUCGUUGGCUUUUGAGCAAGUUUGGUCUACAGGGAACGAGCAAGAGAAUGUUGAAAUUAAAAAAUGAAACUCUAUGUCUGGCGGUAAAUGCAGUGGCAAGUAAUUUUUCGCCCCAGAAUUUUAAAAACUUGCAGUUGCUCGUUUUCAAUAGUGGUGUGACAGAAAGCGAUAUAUUCGACCUGGAGGUGAAGCUCAAACAGGAUGGAGAAAAAUUGAUUGAGCUCGUUCAUGGCGUGGCACUUAACACUAACUUCAAAGUGUCCAUCAUGGUUGUGUACUGGGAAUCCACCGAAAACCCGCUGUCGGACGGACGCAUAUCCAAAUUGCUGAAAUUGGAUCGAAUUUCGGAGAUUUUUGGAGCAGCUUUAAAAAGCGUUCAAAUAGUGAAGUUGGCCGGAGACAGUCCGCACCGGACUCUGGAACAGCACCUAGCAAAGGUGGCGGAGUCUGUGAGUCUGGAACUCACCAAGCGUGGCAGCUGCAACCUGUCGCUGUUGGCCAGGAGCUCGCAGGCGAGCUCUACGACGCCUGCAAAUUAUAAGACCGCGCGCGAGAUAGAUUCCAAAUUGUGCAAGGCCCUGGAACUUGAAGUACAGAAAUACCAGCAGGAGCGCGACCGCAACAACACAUAUGCCUACUUGCAGUCUCACGUGGCUGCAUCACCACGGGCCCGUCGUCGCAAGCUGCCGGUGCUACUCUCGGAUUGUCACCAAAACAAGUUCAAGACACCUUUGGCCGUGCGACCAUUUGUGAAACCUACGUCGUCCAUGUCGUCUACGUCGUCAAUUGCGUCGUCGGAACCGUCGCACCUGGCUGCGAAGAUUAGAACCGAGAGGCCACGAGCGGAGGCCACCACGUCCACCUGGACAUCUCCUGUGCCGUCCCGGACGCACGUCAAUGACGCUGCCACGCCGUCCAUAGCCGUGCCUGCGGCAAACACCAGUGGGAUAUCGAAUGUGACGUUCGAUUCUCCAUUCUCUACGCCCACGUUGAGAGUAAUGCCGUCAUCUACGGACCCACGAGACACGUCGGCCAGCGUUUUAGAAUUGCGAAAUUUGGUCGCAUCUGUGAAGAAAAGUCUCAAUCGCCAUUGA